AUGGUUCAUACACGGUUUUCGUCUGCAUCUCCUGCAUCUCAAACAAAUAUUCCAAAUUCUAAAUCAAAUAUGAAAUCUGCAGUUGCUUCUGGUAUGAAUUUCCUAAUUCAUCCGGAUAAUCGCUGUUCUUCAAAAAUUACUUCUACAAUCAAAUAUUCUUUGAUUCAAGCUAUCCAUGAGAAGCUUUCAACAAAGCAAGUUAAUCAUUUUGGUAAUUCUUGUUUUGGCCAUUUCCUAAAUCUGCCAGAGUUCACAAUGCAACAUCAUCUUUUACACAAUCUAUUGCUAAGAGAGUUGCAACAACCCAACAAGCUAGAGAUUUGGGUUGGUGUAAAUGGCAUGAAGCUUCGAUUUGGGAUAAGGGAGUUUGCAUUAGUCACCGGAUUGCGGUGUGUGGGCUCCACAGAUAAAAUCAAAUAUGUUUCAAAGGAUAAUGGUCUUUAUUCUACAUAUUUCAAGGAUCAUUCGAAGAUCAAUAAGAAACUUCUUAAAGAAUUCUUUGAUGGGAAAAAAUGGAAGAAUGAUGAGGAUUCCUUGAAGAUUACAUUGAUGCAUUUUCUGCACAAUUUCUUGCUUAGUUCUUCUGAAACUAAUAUUGUCCCCAAAGAAGACUUUAAUAUUAUUGAUAGUGGUCAGUUUUCCGAAUUUCCUUGGGGUAAAGAAGUUUUCAAGGCUACUGUUGAACCUUUAAAGAAAAGGAUUGUUGUAAAAAAUAGUAAAAAAGAGAGCAACAAAGAUGACAAGAAAAAAGAACAGGCUUUCUAUAGGUUGCUUGGAUUUCCAUAUGCCUUCCAAGUAUGGUUUUUUGAGUGUUGUCCAUAUUUGAAUGGGAGAUAUUGUCAUCUCUCUCAAGGAUCCAUCCCACGUAUUCUCAAAUGGUCAAGCACCAUUCAACCUACAUUUGCAGAAGUGACCAAGUUGUUAUCUUUGAAUGUUGCUGAGUUGAAAUUGAGGAAUAUAUAUCCUACUUCCAAGGAGAGAAAAAAUUCAGAAAUAAACAGUUUGUUUCCAAAAGAGAAGGAAGCUAUUGAGGAUGAAAUUGGUGUUGCUGAUAAUGUUAGAGUUGCUCACGGACAUAGAGCAACUAAUUCUAGAGUUGCUGCAUUAGGAGAUGAUGACUUUGUAGAGACUCCACCUUGGUCUGUUGCUAGUGAUUCUUCACCUUCUUUGCCUGCUAUUCAUCCUCACUUUGAUGCUGGUGGUUGUUCAUCUCCUACGCCUGAGAUGCCUCAUGUUUCGCUAAGUAGCAUCCAUGCACAGUCGCUAGCUUUAGAGGCAUGCAACAAGAGAUUAGAAGAAAGCAACACAAGAUUAGAAGCAAGCAACAAGAAAUUAGAAGAGAGCCACAAGAUUGUUAUUAAUGAGUUGUCUUCAUUGAAGAGUCAUGUUCAUGAAGGAUUUUUGAAUCUUCAGAAGUUAUUUAGUUCCCAUUUUGUAGGGAAACAGGAUUCUCAUGAUAUUGAGGAGGACAAUACCAACAUUUUUGAUGAUGAAAUGGUUGAAAAUAAUUCGAAAGAAGAAGAUGAAAAAGAGGAGGAUGAGUCUGAAGAAGAAGAAGUGCAUCAAUCUGAAGAAGAUAACGAUGAAAGUGAUGAUGAUGAAGACAAUGCAAAGUGUUUUGGAGAAGACAAUGAUGAUGAAGAAGAAGAGAAAGAUGAUAAUCAUGAAAAAAACAAUGGAGGAAACAAGGAUGAGGAUUCUAAGGUUGAUGAUUCUCAUGGUUCUUGUCAAGUUCCAUCUCAAGUUGCCCAGGUUGAUGAAGUUGCUAGUCAUGUUGCUGGUGAGGUUGUUGAUUCUCAAGUUGCUAAAGAUCCAGAAGUUGCUAGAGUUGCAACUGAGGUUGCAGAGGCAGUUGCUAAAGAUCCAAAAGUCUCUUUUUUGGAUUCUUUAUCAGACAUUGAAUUGGAUAAGGCUAUAGAAAAUGCAUAUAAAGCUGUAGAUGCGAUGAAGGCAAUUGGGGUAACUUAUAUUCCUUGCAAAACUAUUGUCCCUUAUGUUGGUAGUAGUGAGAUUAACUUAGGAUAUGUUACUCCUGCUCUACCAAAAAGGACAAUUAAGCUUCCACCUUGCCUACAGCCACCUUUUUUGCAAACUUUUUGUUCUUCUUCUGGGGAAAGUAGUGUGAUUAAAUCAACAGGAGGAAUCAAGGUUGUCAAAGGACUUUGCCCAUUAGAUGACAAAAUUGGUGAAUUGCCUGACUUUGUCGCUGUUCAAGAAUUAUAUGUAUGGCUUGAUAAAGGAAUGAAAAGUAAUAACAAAUUGAGAUUGUACUCGAAAGAAGACAACCUUAUCAUACCUGGGUUGCAACUUGGGGUAGAUGUUAUUACUAAAAAGAUGUGGUUUCAUGCACUUCAAUAUAGUGGACAACCUAUUUUAAAUCAGAAGAAAGGUAUGUAUCGUGACUCUACUGUUUUGAAGUUCACUACAACUGAUACUACCUUUCAAAAGAGGAUUGAAGCCAUUUAUGAUUCUUUUUUAAAGAAGAAUCGCGAUCAUGGGGUAAUGAAUCGUAACCAUGUUAUUGCUGAGGUUAUGAUGGACUUUGGAUUGAGUUGCAACAAAUCUUGGCUACAAGUAGAUCAUGUUCUUUUUCCUAUUUUAGUUAAGAAUGAAAAGCAUUGGCUUCUUGCUAUAUUGUCUUUCAAAGAUAGGUUGAUUCAUGUUUACAAUACUUUGAGCUGUGAUCACUUCUAUUCAAAGCCUUAUUUUGGGAGACCUCAAGCUGUUUCUUUUGAAGUAGUUAUGGAUGAUGACAUUCCUUCUGGGUCGCCUAUAGACAGUGCAAUAUCUAUGUUCUCUUUUGCUGAGUAUUUGAUUGCCGGAAAAGAGAUUCCAAGAUGUAAUUUUGAUGUUGAAUGUCAUAGGUCUAGGCUUGCUUAUUUACUAUACUCAUAUGCAAUGGGAAAACAAGAAUGUGGAUAUGAGAGUGCACGAGAGUAUGCUUUGUCGUGA